AUGGAUGAGGUCUCGCAGGCCGAGUCGGCGCCAAACGCGUUGAUGCGGAUGCCAGGGGAGCCCAUCACGGUCGAGGAGGACCGUGACAAGGUGCUGACCAAGGUGCGGCAGCUGCUGGGCUGGAAGCACCAGUCCUUCCCUGGAGCGCAGCCCGUCUCUCUCACCAGGAAUGAUCUGCCGUUGCUCUUCCGGAGCGAUUAUGUGGUUUGCGAGAAGACCGACGGCAUCCGCGCGCUUCUGCUGGCGGCGUCGGGCGCCAUCUACCUGAUUGGAAGGAACGAGGAAGUACAUUACGUACCGAUACGCCUGCCCGUGCGAGGCAACCCCUCUGAAACGCAACAGCUGACGUUACUGGAUGGGGAGAUCGUGCUGGACACAAUGCAAGUCGAUGGCGUUGAGGUGCAGCAUCCGCGGUUCAUGUGCUAUGACGGCGUGUACGUACAGAGGCGGUCUCUCCGGGAGAUGAACUUCCUGGACCGGCUCUCCAUCGUCUACACCGACGUGAUCCUGCCGUACCAAAAGUCGUUGAAAGCGCCGGCCGCGGCAGCUGCUGACGGGGCGCCAGUGGGGGCAGCACAGCCGCCACUGGCCAUAUACCUGAAGGACUUCUUCGACAUAUCGCAGAUCGCACACAUCGAGCAGUUCUCCCAGAGCUUACCGCACGUGAGCGACGGCCUCAUUUUCACACCCGUGCGGCUGCAGUACCUGCCGGGCACAUGCCCGAAGCUGCUUAAGUGGAAGCCGCCGCACCUCAACACCGUAGACUUCAGCGUCGACGUGCUGUACGACGAGCGAAGGUGCCCGCGGCUAGUGGAAUUGUUUGUCAUGGUCAGGGGCACGCGCGUCUUCUACAACGAGUACCUGGCGCCGUACGGCGACGUGUACCGACACAUCCUGACCAUGGCCAUCGGCAGCAAGAUCACGCAGCUCAUCGUCGAGUGCUCGUGGAUCACCGACUCGCGCGUCUGGACCUUCGUGCCCAAAGUGCGCGCCCGCGGCGACGUCACCCACGGAGGGACCCUGAACGAUGGAAAGGCGGACUACGAUUUCGACAACGGGACAUGGGUGCAGGGCGGGUGGUACGCGGAGCGCAUCCGUGUGGACAAGAAGCUGCCCAACAGCCUCGCGGUCGUCGACAGCGUGAAGUCGAGUAUCGAGGACGACAUCACCUUCGAGAUGCUGCUGCAGGAGUUCGCGCUCUUCGAAAAAAACGGCAAGAUACCGCUGUACAACAAGUGCAUCAUGCCGAAGGCGUACUCUGGAUCCGCGUGA